AUGGCUACUCAACAACCGAUCGUUGAUCCUUCUCGCCGAAUUGCACCAGAUCUAACUUUGGAAUUUUUACAAAAAUUAAAACUUGAUGCACUUAUUUCUGAAGUUCGCAAACCUGUUGAACCACUUGUUUACGCUAGAACCACCGACAAAGUUUCUUUAAUUCUUAAUCUUUUAAGAAUUCAUGACAUUAUUUCUCUCCCAAUUUAUGAUCCAAUUAAGGGAAAAUUUAUCGCUAUUAUUAAUGUUGUCCAUAUUGUGAAAUUCUUAAUGUUACGUAAAGUUUACACUAUUCCUGUAUCAACCAAUGAACCUAUCGAUGGAAAAUAUGAGCUAGGCGAUAGAAUUAGAGAAGAUUUAAAAGAUGUUUACGACCUCCCAAUCACAGAAGUUAUUAAUUCUAUUGAUCCCACAACUUUAGCUUCCUUCAAAAUGUAUCAUAAAAAUGUACCUCUUAUUGCUUGUCUUCAAGUAAUGGGAACUAAAGAAAAUGUAUAUUCUAUUUUGUCCUCUGUUGCUAAAGAAAAAGAGAAAAUGGAAGGAGAAGUUCGACAAGCAAUUAUUAUUACGCAAUGGGAUGCUAUUAAUUUUUUGAUUAAUAACGAAACACUUAAACAGAAUAAUGCUUUUGAUCUACCAGCUAGUAAGGCAAUGCAAAGAAAUUGGAUUUCUUUUACUGGAAAAGAUGAUCCAAAUCAACCUUCACACAGAUUACCUGAAACUUCAGCGAAAAUGACUUUCGCACUUUCGAUCACUCAAGAGAUGUCGGCUUUUGCAGGAUUCAAAAUCAUGGCUAUUCAUAAACUUUCAUCGAUUGCCGUUGUUGACAAUGACUCUAAACUUGUAGAUAAUCUUUCAGCAUCUGAUAUUCGCUUUCUUACAAUCGAUAAUAUUAUCGAUGGAUUACUUCCGGGCAAAUAUUUAUUAUUAUUGAUUCAAGAAUUCCUUCAAAAAAUACGUUCUCAUCCAAAAGAAGUAGCUGCAUGCACUGAAGAUACAAAGCUCGAAGAAAUUAUGCGUUCUGCAAUUUCAAUUGGUGUCCAUCGAAUUUGGGUGAAAGAAAAGGGCACCGAUAAGCCCAUUGGUGUUGUUUCAAUGAGCGAUAUGUUGGAUAUGUUGGUUGGACAUAUAAGACCGCAUGAAUUUGUUGAUAUGGAAUGGCUAAAUGAUUUUAAUAUGAAAAAAU